AUGAGAAUGUGGGCGGAAACCAAAAACCCAUCAAUUGAACCUCCAAAACUAAGAGAGAUGCCAGGCAGACCUGGCAAGAACAGAAGGAGGAAGAAGGAUGAGCCAAAAAAAUGGGGCAAACUCUCAAAAAAAGGUGUCAAGAUCACUUGUUCAAGGUGCAAACAAGUUGGUCACAACAAGACUAAUGGGAUGGGGAGCAGUAAUAGUAGUCAACCUAGCUGUCAUCCUGAAGCUUCAUGGAAUCUACCACCACCACAAUCAAGUUCUACUUGUGGUGACACCAGUGCAAUAGCAAGACAUACCUACACUCAAAGUGUUGCUGGUAGAGGUCAAGGUACUGCUGGUAGAGGUAAAGGUGCUACUGGUAAAGGUAAAGGUUGUUCUGGUAGGGAUGGUGGUUCUGGUAGUGGUCAAUUUGGUGCUGAUAAGGGAGGUAAAGGUUGUUCUGGUAGGAAUGGUGGUUCUGGUAGUGGUCAAUUUGGUGUUGAUGGGAGAGGUGAAGGAGGAAUUGGUAGAGGUCAAGGAAGGAGUGGUAGAGGAUUGCCAAGAAAAAUAGUCAAUGCAAGAGGGACCCCAUUUGAAAGUGGAAGAAAUGUUUCUUCCAAUCAAGUACCACCUUUGCCGACCAACAAGAAGUCAUACAAUGUUACCUUAUUUGCUGCUGCUAGUGGAUACAAAAGGCCUGCAACUGGUUUUGGGGUUUGCUCUGAUCCAGCAACUAGAACCCACGUGUACAAUCCAGGUACAUCAAGUAAGAGGGUUAUUUAUGGAGGUAUAAAUUUAAGGAGUGCUUCACCAACCAAUAUAGAUAUUGAUUUUAAACCUAGUGGCCUAAAGUGGAAUGGAAAAGAUGCAGUCACCAGCACACAAUUGCAACAAAUGAAAGCAAAUAAGAGAAAAAAAGUGGAAGCAGCCAAGUCUUCUUCAUCAAUUGGAUCUUCAAAAAAGUAG